AUGAACAGAAUCCUGCUCUUGGUGGCCUUUGCGGCUGGCGUUGUGGCUGCUGGAAGGAUAACUACGAAUCCGGACCGGGUUCAGGGUAUUGACCGCAUGUCCUUGGAGGAUCUGCAGCGCCAAAAGUUCAUCCUGGACAUCGUACAGAACAUUCGCCAGCCGCUGCAGCAGAGUGAGCUCAUCAAUCUGGAUGUGGGUCUGAUUGUUGACGGUCAGCGUUAUCGCGGCGGCAUUGAUGAGGUGAUGCAGCGCGUCAUCGAUCUGGAUCGCCAGCGUCGCCUCCUGGACGAGCACCAGGUGUACUCCGUGGGUCGUUUGGAGGAUGUGCAGCAGCUGCGCGGCAUAUACCGCCUGCUGGUUCGCGCCCAGGACUUUGAUACCCUGCGCCGCAACGUGGUCUACCUGCGCCGCAACAUUAAUCCCGUUCUGCUGAUCAACGCCUUGGCUCUGGCCAUUCGCGACCGCGAGGACACUCGCACCCUGAUCGUGCCCGCUGUCCAGGAGCUGCUCCCCGAACUGUAUCUGGAUGAGGAGGUGAUUCAGCAGGUGCGCGGAGUCCUCAGGGAGCAAACCCAGCGCCCCUCGCUCAUGGACAUUGUGGGUAUGCGCCAGCGGACCAUGAACCCCGUGAUGAGCAUCCUGAUGCCCUGGCGGGAGAUCCGCAUGCAGAUGGCUCUGAGGAAACAGCAGAAUCUCCAGAACGUUUUGGGCCAGAAACGCAUCGUUGUUCGUGCCGAUAACGAGGGACAGAUUGAGGGCACUUCUCUGCUGACGGACGAUAUCGAGUUGCAGAACUUUGUCCAGAAUCUCAUCCAGGAAAUAGCCCUUCUGGACGAUGUAUCCCAGGUGGAGCAAAGCCAACGGAUCAACACUGAGCAACGAGAGGAGCAAUGGAUCGGUCGCAAUCGCGUGCAGUCCCAGGAUUACAACCAGGACAGGUACCUGGGUCAGGAUGUGGACACUGGACGCCUACUGCGCGUGAACCGCCGCCGCCUUCUGGAGCAGCAGGAUCAAGAUCAGGUUCAGAACAUCUAUGGCAACCAGAAGGAUCGUUUCCAGCGACUCCUCCGCCGGGAUGAGAACGAUGAUGACGAUGAUCAGGAUGUUCGCAUGGGUCGUGUCCAGCUGCAGCGUGGAAUCAGCCAGGGAGGUCUCCGCACUGGAGGAGUUCGUAGCCUGCCCACCGUGAGCGUGAACAGUGACCGUCUGCUCCACGUGAGUCGCCGCCGCUUGAAUGCCAUUCAACAGGAUGAGGAGCAGGAUCAGCUGAACGGUCGCCAGCGUUUCAUAGGCUUGGUGCGAGGAGACCGCCUAAGCGAGGGUCGUCGCGUUGGUCAGCUGGAUGAUGUGCGUCAGGAGCGUCAGAACAAGGACCGCAUCUCGACACAAGGUCGCACCUUCGGCGUCCAGCAGGAGCGUCAAACCUACGCCGACCAGCUGGAGAGCGUGAGCCGCGACGAUGAGCGAUUGGUGCAUGUUAACCGACGCCGCCUUAACCAAGACAACCAGGACAUCCAGCAGCAACAGAUUAACUAUCUCCGCAGGGUUGACUCCAUUGGCGAGGGUCGCCGCGUCAUGGGUGAACGCCCCAUUCAGGAUGAGGACAUUCUGAAGCUAAUCCGUGGCGAAAACCGUCUGAAGCUGAUGACCGACGAUGAGAUCCUUGAUAUGCUCAAGAGGAACCGCCAGCAGCGUCUGCAGAAGUACAUAGACGAAGAAGAGAACGAUGACAACGAUGAUGAUGAGGAUGAGAAUGUGGUGCGCCGACAGGGACUACGAAGCCGUCGCAGCCUUCCCAAUCUCCGUCAGCCGAACAGCCGCCGCAGCGAGAUUCUCCUGCACAAUCUUCGCCAGCUGGUGGCCCGCCUUAACCAGGAAAGCAUCGCCCAGAGACAGCUGAUCGAGCGGCAGCAGCCGUGGAUCAACAAUCCCCGUCUGACGCAAUCCGAGCGAUAUGGCCUUCGCCUGAACCAGAUCCGCAUCGAUUCCCAGCGCAGCCGUCAAGUCCUCGCCCAGAUCGGCCAGAUUGAGCAGCGCCUGCAGCAGGUGCUGAGCCAGCUGGAUAACAGCGCGCUGCGGAGCCGGACGAUCGAUCAACGCCAAGUGGAAUCCCUGAUCGCCGAUGACCUGUUGGGUCGCCUUGGCCAGGUGGGCAUCAUGACCCUCAUCCGUCAGGUGGUCCAGGACAACAACGCUGAGCAAAUCGAUCGCAGCGGCCUGGGCAUCCGCCUGAGCGAUCCCGUCGUGCAGUUUACCCUGCGCCAGAUUGUAAGGAUCGUGGACGAAAAGCGCGAUACGAUUCUUGGUGCCUACCCCCAGGAGGAGCUGCAGAUGCGCGGUGUUUUGAUCAAUGAUGUUCGCGUGGACAAGCUGCGCACUCGCAUCGAGGAGCACGACUUGGAUCUGGGCAACUUGGUCGAGCAGCAGGUGCAGGGUAUCCAGCAGGAGAUUGUGGGACGCCAGCGUCGCCUCAACAACAAGGACUUCACCAUUGACAUGGACAUCACCUCGGACCAGGAUCAGCAAGCCAUCAUUCGCGUCUUCCUGGGACCCGCAGAGGAUCAGCAGGGAAGGCAGGGAGUUUCCCUGGCUGAGCGCCGCCGUGACUUCGUCCUCCUAGAUGCCAUCCAAGUGCAGCUGGAAAAUGGACGCAACCGCAUCCAGCGCAGGUCCAUCGACAUCCCCUGGACAACGCGCGAUGUGACGCCUCUGGUGGAGAUCUACCGCCAGGUGAUGCUGCAAUUGAAGGGCCAGCAGGAGCAACAGGUCAUGGGCAUCCAGCAGCUGGUCGGCGAGACCGGACGCUUCCCCCAGCACUUGCUGCUGCCCCGUGGCAGGCCCGAGGGUCUGCCCAUGCAGCUUCUGGUCGUGGUCUCUCCUCUGGCUGAGCUGCCGGAGCAGGACAUCGUGCCCGACAUCACCAUUGGCAUCGGCGCCGCCUCCCUUCGGGAUGCCCGCCCAUUGGGUUAUCCCCUGGACCGGGUCAUCCACAACGAGCAGGAGCUCCUGCAGUUGACCAAUGUCCUGCUUAAGGAUGUGGUCAUCAUUCAGGAGAACUAA